UGUUGGGAAGCGUUAGCGACUAUUGCGCGCAUUACCUCGCUUGCCCUGUCCUCAUCGUCAAGCCUCCCGCCAAAGCAGAGCACGACUGACGUGGCUAUCCAACUAUGGCAGCCUUGUUCUAUUUCUCUAGUUAUGGUUGACCUGUUUUAAGGUGGCCAUCCUUCAGCUAUGGCAGCCAAGUGUUCUGGUCCAACCCAAAUAGUUCGAGGGAAUCGACCCUUUGUCGAAUUCUCAAGAAUCAAUCCUCCUUUGUCUCCUCAACCAAGUCAUGCAGUGGUAGUUUCAGCAACUCAGAAAGCAGGCCAAAGUGAUGAUGAUGGCGAUGACCCCAUAUUUGAAGACACGAGCUCUAGUUUAAUUGCGGGCUUCCAAGAACCUGCUCGUUUACCAUCUUCAUCUAGGCAGCAGAAACAAGAGAGAUCAAUUGCUUCAGAAAACGACGAGGUAUUCCAUGAUAGAAGCCUCUUCCUGCAAGACUACAGCCAAAUGAAUCGAAGUUUCAGAAUCUACAUAUACCCCCACAGCAAAGAUGACCCCUUUGCCAAUGUCCUGCUGCCAGUGGACGACGAGCCUUCCGGAAACUAUGCAAGUGAGGCAUACUUCAAGGACUCCCUCUUCAGAAGCCAUUUUCUCACCAUUGAUCCUUCAGAAGCAGACCUUUUCUACCUACCGUUUUCCAUCGCAAGCUUGAGGAGCGACAGGCGAGUUGGCAUUAACAGAAUCCAGGAUUUCAUCAGAAGCUACAUUGCCAACAUUAGUUCAAAGUACCCCUUCUGGAACCGGACCGGCGGAGCUGAUCAUUUCUACGUCGCCUGUCAUUCCAUUGGGCGAUCCGCAAUGGAGAAAGCAGUGCAAGUUAAGCUGAAUGCUAUUCAGGUUGUUUGCUCGUCUAGCUAUUUUUUGUCCGGCUACAUCUCGCAUAAAGAUGUUUCAAUCCCACAGAUUUGGCCUCGGAAAGCUCUGUCACCUUCAACAAGCUUGCCUUCACAAAGGAAAAAGCUAGCCUUCUAUGCCGGAGCUAUGAAUUCGCGGGUGCGCGAGUUCUUGGUCAGGACAUGGCAAAAUGAUUCGGAUAUAUCUGUUCAUCAUUCCCGUCUCAAGACAUCAUAUUCCAAAGCCUUUUUGGAAAGCAAGUUCUGCAUUCAUGCCAAGGGAUUUGAAGUGAACACAGCUCGGAUAGGGGAUGCUCUGUACUAUGGCUGUGUCCCUGUCAUCUUAGCAGAUCACUAUGAUCUUCCAUAUGCUGACAUCUUAAACUGGGGCAGUUUUUCAGUGGUUGUCCCUACAGAGGAUAUUCCAAACUUGAAGGUAAUACUUGGAGGGAUCCGAGCUGAAGAGUAUUUGAGGUUGCAGAGAAAUGUGGUGAGAGUGCAGAAGCACUUUCUUUGGCAUCGUCGACCUGCUGAUUACGAUGCGUUUCAUAUGGUUAUGUUUGAGCUAUGGCUAAGAAGAGGCCAUGUAAGAACCCAUGCAUUUGAUUCAUAGUCUUAUUGUAUAUUAUAUAUAUUAUUUUUUCCAAUCAUAAAUAAAUGUUAAUUAAUACAUAUGGUU